UUAUUUUUAAGAUUGUGUUAUAACUACUAUUCCAGUUUUUGAGGGGUUAUUGUCGCAGUUCUAUGACGUAUCAGACCCAAAUGACCGUGAGUUGUGUGACAUGAGUCGAAAACCAGCAUGAACACCUCAAAAAUGAUACAUUUGUCUGGUUUCGUGAAUGUUCUCAGCCGCUCUUUAUUACGGUUGGAGAGCAGACUUGCACAAGCCACAGGACUUGAUAGACAACUUGCCCCAGCUUUGGUUGUCCAGGGUUCCAGUCUCUUCCCUCAGCCCCUGGAUGAUGAGAGAGAGGAGACAGAGCUGACCACAGAGCCCAGCUUUUUGGACAAUGUGUUCUGGAUGGCAGCACCCAAGAAGAGACGCACAAUAGAAAUCAACAGGACUAGGAGGAGAGAUGAGACAAAACUCACCAAAGUCCAAAACAACAUUGAGCCAUGUCAGGAGUGUGGUCACCUUAAACAGAAGCACAUCCUGUGCGGGUUCUGCUAUGAAAAGGUUCGAAGGGAGACAGCUGUUAUCCGGGCACAGAUCAAGACCAUGGAGGGCAAGCCCCUGAACGGCCCAGCUCUUGAAACAGUGGUCCUGUAUGAGAACGAGAUGCCAGGGGAAGCUGACAAGGAAAAGAGAAUAGUGGAAAGGAACAGGAAACGCCCCUCCUGGUUCAACCUCUACUAAGAGUGGGAGCCAGUAACUUCACUGGGGUUGUGCCAUGACAUUCUUUCGCUGUUUGUGGAUGAACGAAUAUUAAUGGAUUCCAUUUUACUUGGUUGCAUCAUCAAUCAUGCUCUGCCUUUUUGAUAUUGACAUCCCAUACCAGGUUCUUCUUGGGUUUAUUUCCACUCAUAACGAAAUAUAAGGGCCACUGUGUAUAAAUUAUGAAUUCCUUACAUGUUAAGAACAUGCAGCUUUAACAUUAUUUAAAAGACCACCUUAUUUUGAAUAAAGUUUUCAGUCUUGAGACCCUU